CGAAGGAUACCUGUGACGUGUCGGCUUUGCAGGCUGCGGGGUUGACAUAUAUAUAGAGAAGAAAGAAUAUAUUAUUCUCAAUUCCGACAAAUACCUAUGAGUUGAUACCUACUCUCAACUCCGUCGUCUGCAACUCAACUCCGAUAGCAAAACCCGGAAACCUAGAAGUCUUUAACCAUGGGUCAAAUAGACGGGUGGGAGAUCAAUUGUGACAUGGGAGAGGGAUUUGGAAGAUGGAAGAUGGGCCCCGACGAAGAAUUGAUGAAACAUGUCGACGUCGCCAAUGUCGCCUGCGGCUUCCACGCCGGCGACCCCUCCACCAUGGUGCGAACUGUGCGUCUCGCCAAGCAGCACGGCAUCCGCGUCGGCGCGCACCCAGGGAUGCCGGAUCUCCUGGGCUUCGGGCGGCGGCGGAUGGCCAUUGCGCCCGAGGACAUGUACGCCGCGGUGCUGUACCAGGUCGGCGCCUUGUCCGGCAUACUCGCCGCGGAGGGCAUGCCGCUGAACCACGUGAAGCCGCACGGGGAGCUGUACUUCUUCGUCCAGCGGGACGCGGCGAUCCGCGACGCCGUGCUGCGGGCCGUGCGCACUUUCAACGUGCCCAUCUAUGGCCUGCCGACGCCGCAAAUGGUCGCGGACUGCGAGCGCGUCGGGGUGGAGCUGAUCCCGGAGUUCUACACUGACAUCGACUACGACAGCCGGGGCGCGCUCGUGCCGGUGGCGGAGAGUGUUCCGGUGUCGCCGCAGAUGAUCAGAGACCGCAUCCUCAUGAUUGCCAUCACGGGACAAGCUAGAUCCGCGACGGGAACAACAGUGGACAUACCGUUGGGUAUGGGCGGGUUCAGCAUAUGCAUCCACUCGGACUUGCCGGGUGCGUUGGAAAACGCGAAAGCGGCCAGAGCGGCUGUCAAUGAGGUUAAGAAGGGGAUACGUAUUAGUAUAUACUAAGUACCUAGGUAGAUACCUGCCUAGAUAGCUAUUAAGUCCCUAACCAUAGUGUGUUCAUAUUGUAUUGUACCUAUUGACAGCAUCUAAGUAGGUAACCUACUUAUUUGGAUGAUGAAGAAGACGAUCAGCGACAAUGGCAUGAAUCACGAAAGAAUAUACCUUAGGUAAUCACCAACAUAUGAUUGUUUGCAGCAGUC